AAUGAGUACUAAAAAGUCUCCUGAGGAACUGAAGAGGAUUUUUGAAAAAUAUGCAGCCAAAGAAGGUGAUCCAGACCAGUUGUCAAAGGAUGAACUGAAGCUAUUAAUUCAGGCUGAAUUCCCCAGUUUACUCAAAAGUCCAAACACCCUAGAUGAUCUCUUUCAAGAACUGGACAAGAAUGGAGAUGGAGAAGUUAGUUUUGAAGAAUUCCAAGUAUUAGUAAAAAAGAUAUCCCAGUGAAGGAGAAAACUAAAUAGAACCCUGAGCACUGAAGGAAGAGCACCUGUGC